AACAUGAUGUCUUCCAAUGCAUCUCUGUCCACCAACGAGGACAAUGAUGACAUCAUCAUUACCAAGUUUGUCCUCUACACAGUGACCGUUGUGCUCGGCAUCACAGGAAACGCUGUGGUGAUCUGGAUGGCUGGAAUCAAACUUGAGCCAGCAGUCAACAAUGUGUGGCUGGUGAAUCUGGCGAUAGCAGAUCUGAUUUUCUGUUUCACACGAAUCUUCUCCAUCAUCCAGAUGAAGUUAGGACGGUGGCCUUUUGGUCUCUUUCUCUGCCAGUUUCAUGGUUUCUUCAAACACACCAACAUGUUCUGCUCUGUCUUCCUGCUGGCUGUGAUCAGUCUGGAUCGAGUGCUUUGCGUCCGUCAGCCCAUCCUCACGAAGCAUCGACGCACCCUGUUCGCAGCGAGGGUGGUGGCAGUCUGUGUCUGGAUUAUAGCGCUCCUCUUCAGCAUUCCCUACUUCACCUUCCGCAAAAUCUACAUGGACAACAACAACCAAACUAAGUGUAAAAUGGUGUGGGUGGAGAAGCCAAAGGAAAACAAAAACACCAAAGUUGCUCUCUACUCCACGCAAUUCAUAUUCAGCUUCAUAUUUCCCUUUAUGGUCAUUCUCAUCUGUUACAUCCUGGUUGGCCUGGGCCUCCGACGCACUCGCCUGUCAGGGAAAUCUCGGCCCCUUCGUAUAUUAGUAUGUUUGGUCAUUGCCUUCUUCCUGUGCUGGGCGCCUUAUCAGUGCCUUCUAUUAGUAGACAUUGUGUAUAAUGAAAACAAAGUGGUGAAAAAGUGGUACUCUAUAACAAAGAGCAUUGCUUACUUUAACAGCUGUGUGAACCUGUUGUUAUAUUUCUGUAUGGGGCUAAAAGUCAAGGAGGGGUUUAGACAGAAACUCAUGCGAGUUUAUAAAAGGGCUCUGGGAGAUGAUAUGGAUGGCCAGAUGGCUCAGCCAACUGAUCCCUCUUUGGAUUAAAGCUCUGGGUUAAAACAGAGAGUUGGCGAAAAGGAGUGGAUGUAAAUAAAUUUUACCUUUCCCCAGAAAGAUACAUAUCCUUAUACAUAACCAUUAAUAUAAUAUUAAAAUGCCGAAAUAAUUUUUUGCUUCCAUUAUAUGAUCAAAACCAGUAUUUCAGAGUGAAACAUAAAAGGUGGGAAGACUAGAGUAAUGAUAAUCGAUCAAAUUAAAAGAUUUAGCUAAACAGGUGUGUGAACUACCUUCCGCUAAAUCUGUUUCACCAUCACUAUAUUUAAAGUCAAGUCUUAAGAACAGUGAUAAUUUGUUUGUUGUUUAUUUGUUUAUAAUUCCUGAAAGAUUUCAUAUUGACACCAGAAAAUUCACCCUCAACCAUUACAUCUUAUUUUACAUGUUAUAUAUUAUUUUUUUUUCCUUUUUCUUUUGCCUGUUCAUUGUAAUUUCAUCUGUCUGUACUAUAUACUGUAACAACCAUCACUUUUUCUUUUCUUUGUGAGCCAUUUUUGUUCCAACAAAGUUUGCUGAAAAAAAAACUGUGAAUAAUCAAUUUCACAUCUUUUACCCAUGUGUUGAUUCAAUAAUCCACCACAAGAUGGUGAUAACUGGUUUACAACUGUUUCAGU